AUGAGGUGUUCGAACGCCACGCCCUUAAGACUGCACGGCAAGUGGUACACCUGCUGCUGUUGUCCUGAACGAUUUGAUGACACCGCGGCUCUGAAAACGCAUACAGCAGAGAAACACCCCACUGGAGAGAACGCUUACUUUGGCCGGGACAUCGCGCAACUAAUAAUAAGAGUGGAUAUAACAGACUUGCAAUGUAAACUUUGCCAGUGUGAAGUUCACAGCAUCGAGAAGUUAUAUGAGCAUUUACAAAAAGAACAUUCAGAAACGAUACAUUCAUUUGAUAAAAACUACAUGGUACCCUUUAAAUUCGACACUAACAGAACAGAUCUGAAAUGCGUGAACUGCGAUCAUGAAUUCCACAAUUUUAAAACGUUGGUGCACCAUAUGAACAUACAUAUUCCUAACUUCGUAUGUAACACCUGCGGCAGCGGAUAUGUCAAUCAGAGAAGCUUGCAGAAUCACGUCCGACAACACGCGAACGGAGAACACAAAUGCGAGACAUGUCAGCGAGUUUUCAAUAACGACCUCAAAUUGAAAGAGCAUGAAAAAUCCGUACAUCUAGGGUUCAACAAACGUAACAAAUGCGACUACUGUGACGAGCGCUUCAAUGGCACUAUAGCCAAAAAUAUACAUAUGGUCAAUGUCCACGGCAAACCCGCGAUUGAGAUCAGAUGUCCGGCGUGUGAAAAGCCUUUUAAAAGCCAUAAAUAUCUCGCCAUCCACAAGCGGACCUUCCAUAUGAUGGAAAAAAGGCACAAGUGUCCUGAAUGUGAUAAAAUGUUUUUCUCCACGCCCGAGGUGAAGAACCAUAUGCUAACGCACACAGGACAGAGGGACUUCCACUGUGUGAUCUGUAAUAAAUCGUACGGCAGAAAGAGCACGCUGAGGGAGCACAUGAGGAUACACGCAGACGAUCGCCGGUUUAAAUGCGAACACUGUGAUAUGACGUUUGUGCAGAAAUGUGUGGGAUGGAAGCUCCGAAGAUCCGUGAAUGCACCCCGUGAGAGUAAGAACUCCAAAUCUUCUAAAUUGAAAACGAUCGUCAUAAGUCCAAAGACGGAAAAACCACGGAAAAAACGGUGCAAGAUUAUAGAAAUUAAGCCGGCACCCGUAAAUGUUUCUUUUAAGAAACUGAACGAAGCUUACAAACACCAAGCUAAUCUAAAGGAAAUUCUACUUUGCUCGAAUGCGACGCCAAUUCGCUGCCGAGGGAGCGUGGGGUAUGCUUGCUGUUUCUGCAGCGACCAGUACCGCGAUCCAGCAGAUUUGAAGCAACAUACUAUAACCUCCCAUGACGACGCGACUAAAGCUAACUACAUGAAAGGCGAGUCCAUCGUAGGUUUCAUCGUAAAGCUGGACAUAACUUUGCUUCGAUGCAACAUCUGUUCCUCCACUAUAAGGGAAUUAGGACAGUUAAUGGAGCACUUAAAAGUAGCUCACGACCGUCCAAUAAUCACAGAUUUAAAGAACCACUUAGUUCCGUUUAGAUUCGAAUCCAACUUGCAUACUUGCGUCGAGUGCUCAGCAGAAUUUAGUAAUUUUAAAGUGUUGUUAGCGCACAUGAACGAGCACUACAGGAACUGCAUUUGCGAAGUCUGCGGGGCCGGGUUUGUCACUAAGAGGAUAUUACAGGCGCACAGUUACAGGCAUAUCACUGGUGACUUUAGCUGCCGCUAUUGUCCUAAAGUAUUCGAUGCUAAGUUACGGAUGCAGGAACACGAACGGAACGUCCAUGUUCUAAUGAACAAGCGGAACAAGUGCGGGUACUGUGGGGAAAAAUUCACAGAUUACACUAAGAAGAAUGACCAUGAAGUGAAGGUUCAUGGGGUGAAGCCGAUAGUCCUGCAUUGUCAGGCUUGCACCAAGACGUUUGAUAACCAAAGGUCGCUUACAGUCCACACUAAAACAUUCCACUUGAUGCAGAGGCGCAGUCCAAAAACAUCAAAUUCUUUGAAAUUCUAA